AUGGAUGAUUUUCAUAAUCUCAAUCUAACUUCAUCACAAAGGAGUGAAAAUAUUAGGGAGAAUAGCCAAGAUAAGUCUUUUCCAUCAUUAUCGUCCGGAGCGGUACAAGGAUUAUUAGGUGGUUUGCCUGAUUUAAAAAGUAAGAAAAAGGGGAAACAACCACCAAAAAAAAGAAAGAAAGAAGAUCCUGUGACUGAGGCGUUUGAGAAAUUGAGGGAACAAACUAGAGAGGAAGUUCGUGGGUUAGAAUCGACUAUUGCGGCAGCAUCUAAGGUGCCUAAUUUGGGUGUAGAUGGUUUAGGGAAGGAGGACGUAAUGAUGGAUGAUUGGGUUAAGCAAUUUGAAGAGAUGAUUGGGUCUUAG